CUCAGAUAGGAUUGACCUUCGCAACUUUGGCCAGUCCGCGUCCAAGAGUUCACGAUGAAGGUGUGGAUCUGUCUCUAUCUUAUAUCCCUUCCCGCUGUCGUUAUUUCCGAUGGCGGAACAUUCGACCCCAAUGGUAUGGCGUUUGGCUCAAAUAGUGGCAGUAGCAGUGGUGGAGCCACAAGCGGGGGUUCCGGCGGUGGGACCAGCUUUGACCCGAACAAGAUAAAUGCCAACUUCGGAAGCAGCGGAGGCGGAUUCGGAAGCAGCUCUAGUGGAAGUAGUUCCGGUGGAUUUGGCGGAAGUGGAUUCGGCAGCAGUUCGGGUGGUGGAAGCGGGGGCGGAGCGAGUUUCGAUCCAAACGCCAACUUUGGAAACAGCGGGGCCUUUGGUAGCAGUGGUUCUGGUAGCAGUAGUGGUGGGUUUGGCGGAAGUGGAUUCGGAAGCAGUAGUAGCGGAGACAGUAGUGCCGGAAGCAGUGGUGGAUUUGGCGGAAGUGGAUUUGGAAGCAGUAGUGGCAGCUCUGGUGGAUUUGGCGGAAGUGGUUUCGGAAGCAGUUCCGGUGGAAGCAGUGGCAGUAGCGGUGGGUUUGGUGGAAGUGGAUUCGGCAGCAGUUCUGGUGGAAGCAGUGGCAGUAGCGGUGGAUUUGGUGGAAGUGGGUUCGGCAGCAGUUCUGGUGGAAGCAGUGGCAGUAGCGGUGGUUUUGGUGGAAGUGGAUUUGGGAGCAGUUCCGGUGGAAGCAGUGGCAGUAGCGGUGGUUUUGGUGGAAGUGGAUUUGGUAGCAGUUCUGGUGGAAGCAGUGGCAGUAGCGGUGGUUUUGGUGGAAGUGGAUUUGGUAGCAGCAGCGGAAGUAGCAGUGGCAGUAGCGGUGGAUUUGGUGGAAGUGGAUUCGGCAGCAGUUCCGGUGGAAGCAGUGGCAACAGUGGCGGUUUUGGCGGAAGUGGAUUCGGAAGCAGUUCCGGUGGAGACAGUGGAAGCAGUGGCGGUUUUGGCGGAAGUGGAUUUGGAAGCAGUUCCGGUGGCGACAGUGGAAGUAGCGGUGGCUUUGGAGGCAGUGGAUUCGGAAGCAGUAGUUCCGGAGGCGAUAGUAGCAGCAGCGGUGGAUUCGGUGGAAGUGGGUUUGGUAGUAGUUCCGGUGGCGCAAGCGCAGGAGGAAGCUUUGAUCCUAAUGCCAUCAAUGCCAACUUUGGAGGACGACGAUAGUCGGACAUUUGUUUCUUGUUAUUGUAUACAAAAUAUAAAUAAAUUAUUGAAUUUGUUAUACAUUAAUGUAAAAACGAAA